UCAUGCCUGCCAAUCGCCAUCAGCAAUGGCAAUCAUGGCAUUAUGGCUGGCACGAAGCGAAGCUUGAUUCUGAAUACUUUCUACAAUAGUGGUUUGAAAUAGAUUUGUUGUUUAAUAAUUUACAAUUGUGAAGUUUGGUAAAAAAAACUGACACUCUCUUAACGUUUCGAAUAUUUACUCUGAAUGUGAUCAACACAUGAAUAUAGCGUAAAAUUAUUGUUUUAAAUGGAGGUUUUUCUGCAAUAACAAAAUGAACGACGGUGAUUGGAUUUGCAGCGAUCCGAAUUGUGGAAAUAUAAACUUUUCUCGACGAGUAUCUUGUUAUCGUUGUAAUAAAGAGCGUCCUAAUGGAGCAAAGCCUUCUAAAAGGAAACUUGGAACAGAAAUAGGAAAAUCAGCUGCAGAGAAAUCUCGCGGUUUAUUUAAUGCCGAUGAUUGGCAAUGUAAUAAAUGUGCGAAUGUCAACUGGGCCCGGCGCCCAACUUGUAAUGUUUGUAAUGCACCGAAAUUUGGGGAAGUCGAAGCGCGAACAGGAUAUGGUGGUGGUUACAAUGAGCGUGGCGUUGUAGAAUACCGUAAGAGAGAACCAUCUUCUGACGACGAAUAUGAUGAAUUUGGAAGAAAAAAACGCAAACGUAGGACAGAAACUUCAGACAAUGCGGACACUGUUGGCAUCACUGAAGGACCUGUAAUCAAAAGUUUGCCACCGACAAAGCAGAUCAUGGAGCCAAAUUUGCCAGUGCCCCCUGUAAUUAAAACUCAGAAGACUAAAAAAAAUCAUGAAUCUAAAAGUGGCAGUCUGAGUGAUGGUUCUGUCUGUGACAUGUCUGUCGUUCCCAGGUUGUCAUUUAAAAAAAAUGUGCGAAGUUACAAUUAUAAUAAACAGAAUAUAACACAUCCAUUACCUAGAACUAAAGGAUUUCAAAGAAAACACUACUCAAGUAUAAGUGAUAGGGACCAGUCAGGAUCCUCAAGUCAUGAAGGCAAUGCCAUAAUGGAAAACAGAGUUACAUCAACAAAUAAUGAUAUUGUAUAUAAAUUCACAGGCCCCACACCCUCUGAAGCAUUUGAAGUAACUUACACUAUUGAAGAAAGAGUUAUAGCUGCUGCUCUUGCUGUUGUUCAUAAUAACUGUAGGAUAACUACAAACAAAUUCGAGAGCAAGUUUGAUAAGCCUGCCCCAGAUUUUAAGACAAUAUUUUCUUGGAGGCAAAGACUUUUAACUACAGGUUGUUUGAUUGAUAAUCAUAUUGAAAAAGGGAAAGAUACAAUGCAAAGACCCUCAGAUAAUCGUAAUAUAAGCCAAGGCAUUAAAAAGCAAAAAGCAGUUUCCUAUAAGCUACCUAACCCAGAUGAAAUUUAUAUAUCUUCAGAAAGUGAGACUGAAGAUCCCCCAUAUUUGGAAACAAGUAACAAGACAUUACCCUUUUUACAUAGUAGGAGUGUUAGUGCUGAAACAUUAGUAAUUGAUAAUGGGGAUAUGGUACGAAAUAAUAAUGCUACAGGUUCUGUAAGUACUGUUGAUGGAAGAGAAGCAGCAAGAAGCCAAUCCUCUUCAACACACAAUUGCACAAGGUCAAGUUCAAGAGAUAGUCGAGAUUCAAACUAUCCUGAAUCAGAUGUUGAGCUUUCUGAACCAAAAGAUUCCAAUAUACGGCACACUCCAGUUUCUUCAAAAACAAACAAACACACUGCAAGUCAUAGCGAUUCAGACACAUUUUCGUAUAACAGUGAAGAUGUAGACUUUAGAUCCAGAGUUUUUGGUCAAUCUAAGAAAACAAAGAGACGCUUAAAAAGAAAUGUUACCUAUAAAAAUAAUACAUAUGUACCUGAUACUUGUCAACCUUUUGAAGGUUAUACUACACAGAAACCAAUUGAAAAAUCUCCUUUGGCGACUGGUAAUAUAUACAUGCCUAAUUUCCAUAAUAUGAAUGUAAGAAACCAAGUAAAUAAUUCAGGGGAUACUGAUGGUCUUUCAUCAGAAUAUGUUCCCACAAUGAUGGCAGCAACGGCUAAAAAACAUUACCAGGAUUUUAAAAAUAAUGUAAGGAAAAAAGGUUUCUGGGCCAAAGGAAAUGGUUCUUUUGUAAAAAAUACUCCUGCUGUAAUAUCAUCAUUGAGUUCUGUUAGUAUUCAUGCAAAUUAUAGAACAUUGCAGCAAAAUAAUUAUACAACCAAAAAUGAUGAUUUCACAAAAGAUGAAUUUGAUAAUAUAACAAAUGAUCAAAAUUAUGUUUUCUUUGGGGAGCCAUUAGGUUCAACACCUAACUCUCAAAAAGAAAUUGCUAAUAAUUCAUGUGUGUUUGAUGUAGUCCAAUCAGAUUGUUUUAACAAAAGCAGAAAUAUAAUGGAUAUCUUUAGUACUCAUGAAGAGAAUAUUCAAAAAAGUCCUGAGCCUGUGAGUGAUUUAGAUAAAUAUGAUAGUGUAAGGAAAAUGUAUGAAAAUUCGUGGAAUGAUGAUGAUGAUGACCUUUAUAAAGAUUCUGAUACAAUAGAAUCAAAUAAAGAUAUCAAUCAAUCUGAUUCAAAUUUAAAAGAAUUGAAACAAAAUCAAAGCCCUACUUCAAAUAUGUUGUAUAAUGAAUCAGAAAAUGAAUUUAUGAAUGAGAAAGGAGUGAAUAAGGAAAAAGUUGAAAAACACUGUGAAAAACUAUUGGACCUUUUAAAAGGCAUUGAUAAUAUCACUUGCCCAAAGAUAAGUGAAAUAUCCAAUAAUUCUACCAAUCAGUUUGAUCAAGCCACCCAUAAUUCUUUAGGUAUUAAUUGUGAAUCUUCACUAUUGGAUAUUCCAUUGCCUGAACCAAUAUCUGCAGAAACAUCUAAUGAAAUACGAAAACUUUCACAUGAAUCUCCCGAAAGUAUCUCAAAAAACAGAAAUAAAGUCAUAAGUCCAUCAAAGAGGGUACAGAUACUAGAAUCUGUAACAAUUAAACAAAAAGAUUCAGAUUUCCCAGCAAUUUCUCAGAGAAACACUGAAGCAUUGAAUACAUUUCAGUCCUUGGAAGAGAGAAAUGAAGCACCAGAAAUGAGAAAAUAUCUUCAAUAUGAUGAUAAAAAUGAUAGGAAAGAAGACCUCACCCAUAAAGUUCCUCAAUUUGAUUUAUCUAAUAUACUUUCUAACAUUAACACAGAUACACUCUUGCUGGCUCUCCAAAAUUUACAACAAAUGUCUCAACCACAGAAUAAUCCACCAAUGAUUGAAAAAAACAUUUCUGCAGAUGAAAAGAAUUUAGAUCAACCGACCCAUUUGGAAACAAUAAAUUUGACAAAUGAUGAUUGGGAACUCGAGUCAAUACGACAUGAUAGCAUAGAAAGGGAACUGCGGCAACUAGAUGGUAACUCUGGUGACACACCCUUUCUAAGUGACAUCUUUGACCCAGGCCCUGUUACAAUGCCCUUAAAUAUUGCCAUCAAAUUUAACAACAAUAUAAAAAAUCCUGAUGAUAACAGUAAAAGUCAAGUACCACUUUUGAACGAAAAUGCACCAGUGAUAGGCAAUUUCAAGAGCUUUGCUCUACCAAAACCGGUCAUAUUAAAUAGGCUUAAAUUGACAGUUAAACAACCAGAUAGAAAUAAAAAAUCUACUGAAGGAAAAAGAUCUAAACACAAGAAUAAGCCCACAACCUCAGCUUCUCAAGAAGGCCAGGCGGUCGAAGUAGACGAAGAGGAGGAAUCGGGAGAUGAAGCUGAUCUUUCCAAAUAUGAUUUGUGGGGUAGCGACGAUGAAAAAAAUAACCAAUCCAAAGCUGAAAACGAUGAGGAUGAGAAAAAGUCAGAAAAUUCAAAACACUCAGAUGAACCAGUUAAUAAUAGGAAAUCGCCGGUAGAAAGAGGAAGAUCGAGAAGUUCUUCGUCGUCUUCGAGUUCUUCAUCCAGCUCAAGUUCUAGUCACAGUUCAACAAAUACAGAGACGCCGAAAAAUAAGUUCGACGAUUUCAACUUGAACAGCGAGCGCGAGUCGGCCAACGAGUCGCCGAAGGGCCGGCGCUCGGCGCGCUCGCGCUCCCCGCGCUCCCGCUCGCCGCGCCCCUCCAGCGCGCCCGCCCGCCGCCGCUCGCGCGACAGCCGCUCCGCCGGCGAGAGGACAUCUCGAGACAAGGAAUGGUCACGUGAUCGUGAAAGAAGAGAUCGGUCUCGCGGCAGUCGGGAAAAAAAAGAGCGUCGAUACAGUCGCGAAGGUUCUGGAAAUCAUUAUGGCGGCCGCGGCAGACAUCGUUAACUUAUAUUUCAAUUUGUAUGGAGGGACUUUCACACAAACAAUUGAAAAUCAGCUUUUAAGCCAAGUAACUCUUAGACGACAAAGUGGAAAUUCCCAUAUCCCGCAAGAUAUUAUCUUCUAUAUCAUUUAAUAGAGCAAGGUUGAUAAUGUCUUAAGUGCGACAAGGGCACUUGCGCUAGAAGGGGAUAGAUAUAUUCUUUAUGCGAACGAAGGGUAUCAUUGAUUUGUAUGGAAAUAUAAAUUAGAGCAAUGUUUGUCUAUACGAUAGUUACUCUUGAUAAAAGGCAAAUAGAUGUUUGGUUUUUAUAGUUUGAUAUCUAAAGGUUUUAAGGUUGUUUUCCUUUUUAGGGGGCCUCAAAAUUAACUCGGAAACAAAAUAAUUACGCAAUAAGCGACUGUUGUGUCAAUACCCCAACUGAUAUAUUAUACUACGAUAUAUAAUUUAUUACUCAAUGAUAUAAAUACAUGAAAUGUCGCUAAUUGCCACUGAUUAAACCGUUUCUGUUUGUCAUUAACAGAUGGUUUGGAAUAAUGAGAUAAUACAAAAGAAGAUAAAAUUAAAUCUCUCUUUUAAAAGAAUGUUAGUGGUUUAAUGUGUCAAUUUGUUCUAGUGAAAUAUAACAACAUUAUACUGGAUACCUUAAUUUACGAUUUAUGUCUUAAAAAAUCUUUUUUUUUCUAGUAAAAUAUAUAACUUAAUAUGCCCAGGUAUAAGAAAACACAGUGAAUUUAAUGGUUAAAAUAUCUUGUACAGUAUUCGGACAUGUAUUUUGUCCCCUAGUUGUUGCUAG